AUGAAAGUUGAAAUAGUACUUGGGUGUCUUGACUACCACUAUGUUCUCACUGAAGAGAAGCUAGAAGAACCUAAUGAUUCAUCAAGUCUAUCUGAAAAGAAAUCUCAUGCUAAGUGGGUCAAAGCCAACAAGCUUGCAAUGCUGAUCAUUAGAGCAUCGGUGGACCAGACUAUUCGUAGGGGGAUUCCGGCUUGUGAAACUGCUAAGAAGUUUCUAGAGACCAUCAAGAAGCAGUUUGAGGGAUCCGUUAGAGAAAGACAGUACAAUUAUCUAGUCAAACUCAUUAAUCUACAAUAUGAUGGAAGUGGUGAUGUUCGUCAGCACAUUUUGAAGGUCUCUUAG